CGGCUGAUCUGGGUCCGCACCUUUUCCGGUAACACAGCCCCGCCACCGCUGUGCCUGACUGAGCGGCUGGUAGACACAGAGGGAGGAAGACGAGCCGAGAGAGCGGCAAGAGUGGGGGAGAAACGGCCCGGGGGACUGGGGAAUGGUCGCCGCAGACGCAGGGGGAAAGAGAAGAAAGUCGGAUGAAUCAAUGACCUUUUGAGCUCUCCUCCGGUGGAUACCCCGGUACCGAAGCGGACCGGGAGGGCUCCGAAACCGUCGCCGCCUGUUUAGCGAGGGAAAUCGGCGUGCUUCGAAAACCCCGUCGAGGUGGGAGAAACAGGCUAAGUGUGGACAGCCGGCGGCCAAGAAGGAAGUGGGAUCCCCCGGCUUGGCCUGGGCCUGAUUUAUAUUGUCCUCCUCUGGGUUGGAGAGAGAGCGACUUCAACCAGACUCUGCUCGGUCACCUGGGAGGAAAAGAAAAAAAAGCUCUUCAACCAAGAUGGGGAAGAUGCUGUCGAAGAUCUUUGGCAACAAGGAGAUGAGGAUAUUGAUGCUCGGACUUGACGCCGCCGGGAAGACCACCAUCCUGUACAAGCUGAAGCUGGGACAGUCGGUCACCACCAUCCCCACGGUGGGCUUCAACGUGGAGACGGUCACCUACAAGAACGUCAAGUUCAACGUGUGGGACGUGGGCGGCCAGGACAAGAUCCGGCCGCUCUGGAGACAUUACUACACGGGCACGCAGGGCCUGAUUUUCGUGGUGGACUGCGCCGACAGGGACCGCAUCGACGAGGCCAGGCAGGAGCUCCACCGGAUCAUCAACGACCGGGAGAUGCGGGACGCCAUCAUCCUGAUCUUCGCCAACAAGCAGGACCUGCCGGACGCCAUGAAGCCCCACGAGAUCCAGGAGAAGCUGGGCCUGACCCGCAUCCGCGAUAGGAAUUGGUACGUUCAGCCCUCGUGCGCGACGACAGGGGAUGGACUAUACGAGGGCCUGACCUGGCUUACCUCAAAUUACAAAUCCUAAUGUCCCCCCCCCCCCCACCCCCCGGACCCCCCCGGACCACCAGCCUGGACAACAACAACGUAGCAGACAAAAGAGGAAAAUAAGGAUGCAAUUUAAAGCAAUUAAUUCAGCGAUCUCUUUGCUUAAUGUGUAUCACAGAGAGUCGCGACUUACUUAGUUUUUUUUAAUUGCUUCACUUUAAUCCCAAAAUGUUCAGCUAAGCAAAAAAAAUUUUUUUUUUUUGUUUCAUUUAGUUUUCUUUAGUUCUCAAUCUGUGUAAUCGGUUCUGUUUAAUCUACACAUCUUACAUUUGUGCUUUUUGCUGCAUUUGCUUUAGUUUAUUUCCCCUCUUUAUUGUAUCAUUUCUUUUCGAGGGGGACCCUCCUCCUCCUCAUUGAUUUGGUUCUCGUUCUGCUGCAUAUCCAAAAGAAGGGGACAGUCCAGGCAGAGACCGUUUCCUAGAUCAGCAUAUCACUUUCAAGGCCCGAAAAAAAAAAAAAAAAAAAAAGGACGCCUGUGUCGUUUGUCAGAAUGUGUAACCGUGGAGGUGCCAGGACCUUGGCCAACGGCGACUGAUUGUACCGGGUUGAAUGAAUGAGUUCCUCUCUCCCGUGCAGCGACUCCAUCCAUGACGUCUAAUUCACACACUGUGAUAUGGAUUCACACACACACGUACGCAUAUAUAUGUGUUUUAGGUUGCUUCAGGGUCACAACCUGUUGGCGCCGGUCUCCUCAUCCCCACUCUUGUUUCUCUCAGAGCUUCCAUUAAGUGUUUGUGGUUUCAGCUGCCUUAGGACGGACCGGGGUUCCAGGUGCCGCCCCCAGAAACUGAGACGGCCGCAGAAGGCCGAGAAGGGUAUUCUCAGCCGCUGAGUUUGCACUUUGAAUGGGGAGAGGAGGAGGAGGAGGAGUUUGAGGGGGGGUGAGCAACUUGCCGGUUGUGCAAAUUUUUCACUUUUUCUUGAACUGACUUUUGGACUCCGGCGAGGUUUACGAAGUUCCCCCCCUUCCCCCUCUUCCCUCCGGUCGCCUCCAUAACAGGUGCUUCUUUACAUCACCAGCCCGUUCAAGGUCCUGCAGUCAGUUCUGUUGAUACUUUAAAACCAUAUUGCUGUUUAAUUCUCUUCUCCCCUCCACAUUUUUUUUUUCUUUUCUUAUGCUAUGCUGUUGAAAUAAUAAAAGAAAUAUAUAUCCAGAUCA